CAAGAGUGACAGAGGAACGCGCGAGGAGGCAGAAGCCCAUCCGCACGUGCUCGAGCUCUGCCACCUCGUCUCUCCGAGCUCCGUGACUCUCUGUCCAGACCCCCGGAGAUCAGGCAUGUCUCUGUCCGGCUCGCAGACACCGGAGGACCGACUCUACGGCUCCUGGGUCGAGCUGGAGGAGCCGAGUGCAGCCGCGGGCCGCAGGGAGAGCCCCACAGGGCCGCAGGGCAGCGCCUCCUCCGGCCUGCAGGGGGAGCUGGAGAGGAUCCUUCUGGAGGCGCAGAUGGAGUGUGAGAGGAGCAGAGACAGUCCUACACGGGAGGGGUCUCCACAGUCCCCCGGUUCCCCGAGACCCACGAGUGAGCAUGACAGUGACUGCAUCACCAUCCAGGAGGAAGCUGAGCGGCGGGUCGACACGGACUGGGUGUGGGACUGGUCCAGCAGACCGGAAAAUAUGCCACCGAAAGAGUUUGUGUUUCAGCACCCGAAGCAGCAAGGCUCCCUCAGCGUGAGGAAGACGGAGGUGAUGAAGAGGGGAAUCUUCUCCUCCAACGUUCUCCUCAUCCUUGUUCCCUCUCUGCUGUCGUCCCACCUGCUCACGCUCGGAGUCGGGAUCUACAUUGGAAAGCAUUUGGCCUCUUCGACGUCGAGCACGCUGUGACGUCGGCCGCUGCCCGCCGUCCCCCAUCGCUAACAGCCCGGCCAUUAAUGUCGGACUGCUAGCGCACUAAUAUGCCUCCUUCCUCCUCCGUCACGGGGCAACCUUAGGACCCUGCCUGUCUCUCUCUCUCUCUCUCUCCAUCUGUCUACCCAGCAGCACUCUGCCAGCACGCCUCUCUCUCUCUCCCUCUGCCUCUGCAUGUCGUAGAGAACCCGGACCAAUGAGUCAGACUGAGGUCAUUUUUACUCCUGGAGAACAACACUGAUCUCAGCCAGCGUUAUCAGAGAGGAGAGAUUGCACAGAUACAAGAGAAAGGAGAGAGAUAGUUUUAGCCAGCUGGAACAAGAAAUCCCUUUUGGAUUGGAGGAGAUGAAUCUGGUGAUUUGGGAACAGUGAGAAAGAUAAGAUGUGGUAGACUUUUACGCAACCUUCAAAAAACCCAAAGUGUCCUCAGUCGGAAUGAAUCUCCAUAGCACCGAGCUCUGGGUGCAUCCGGCCCCGAUGCUGUAUCGAGACUCUCAGUUGGCUCUGCUUGUGCUUUUUAUCCCGUAAACCAAUUAAAUAUUUGACCACCGACAAAGACAAUCACGACCCCAUUAAACUUCACUCCUCAAAAAACCUUUAA